AUGGAGAGGUCUGGUACUGUAGCCUUGACUGACCAUGCAAAGUCGGCCAAACAUCAGUUUACCAAUCGACGAAUUACAGAAGUGAUGGAUUUUCUAAAUCCUAAUAAACAAGCUGGGCCUAGCAGUACAUGUACUACAACAACAACUGAUGUGACAUCUAGUGGACCUAUAGUCAUCAGAAGAGUGUGGAAAGAAAAACCAUCAGAGCCAAAAGUACGUGCACAGAGGAAGUUUGCUCAGUCCUUACCCCCGACCCCCAGCACGACGCCUGUCAAGCUUUUCACAUGUGAGCAACCAGAACUUGUCCGUGCUUGUCCAAAGACUGAAGACUUUCUCACGUUCCUUUGCUUGAAAGGGUCACCAGCACUGCCGCAUGCUCUAUCCUUCUUCCAGAGCAGCGAUAAUAAAGAGACAAAUGAGGAAGAUGAUGAAAUUGAGACAAAGUCGCGAGUUAAUGACAGCGACUUCAGUAUUCCAGGCAUAGAACCGAUAAGUGAUAACCCAGAAACCCCCACAAGCAAUGGUCUAGCAAAGGACACCUCAGCAAUACCAAAUACUGCAAGUAACCCACCUUGUUUGGAUCCCGGACCACCUCCAAUACCUGUCGUACCAAGAAAAAGAGCACCACCACGCCUCUUACCGAUGAUACCAUUCCUUCCAAAGGGACAUACAAAUGGAUUACGGAAGCCUAGGAAGGAGCAGGUGUUGAAAAGGAUCCCAAAUAAUCAUGUACUAAAGACAAAGGAAAGACGGAAAAACGGACUGAAAUCAAGUAAACAUAGGAAACCAUUUUUAAACAAUAAUCACCGGAAAAUUUUAGAUAAGAAUAACUCGGACUGCAUUUACUUACGUGGUGAGAAGUUACACAACGGGGCACUUAAGCGCAUGGAAACAAAUUGCACUCUAGAGCUAGUUUCCAUGGCUUUCAAACCAGCUAGGAAUGGACGUGUUUCGAAGCGAAGACAUAAAUUGACAAAGUGCCAAACUGAAGGAAUGAACCAUAAUAAAAACUCACUAGCAAAUAGUGUCAACGAUAAGUUUCUUCAAGCAACAGCUCUUACCUUGCCAAAAAAUGGUCUCAUCCGCCUUUUUAAGCCAAGAACAAAGGCAGACACAAAGAAAGAUUUGAAUUCAGUAGCGGAAAAGAUUCCGAAAAACCAUGUUAAUCAUGUGAUUUCAACGUUAACAGACCAAACACAAGUUAAAGUCAAGCGGAAACGUGGCCGACCAAAGCAGAAUCCUGAUUUUAAUGUACUGAAAACAAAAAAUGCCUCAAAAGUUGGUGAAGCAGACAAAAUUCUAACCGACAACAAACUACCUCAGGGGACACAAACCCCGACUGGACACGUAUCACUUGCAAAGAAACGUAGAACGUCCUCUAAAUAUCAAACAGACUUCAAUAACUGCAGCAAGACUCCAGUUACUUUAACAAUCAAUCGAUCACCAAAAAGAACUCGUAAUUCUCUACCGAUUCAUGCCAAAGUCGUGGCCACGGACGCCCCCGUGUUGUACCCAAAUCAAGGGUCAUGGAGUGACCCUAUCGCAUAUGUGACGGCUAUGUCUGAUGACCUUGAAAAAUGCGGAAUUUGUAAAGUUGUUCCACCAAAAGGAUGGAGGCCGGAGUGUAAAUUGAAAGAUGACAUGAAAUUCAAUACAGAAGUGCAGUAUAUUAAUAGAUUAUAUCAUAUAUGGAAUUUAGAAAGUCGGCAACUUGCAUGUAUUAAGAGACACUUAAAAGAACAAGGCAAUGGAAUGGUUCAACCUCCGCAGGUUGGAGGAUGUGAAGUGGACUUGGUGAAGCUCUCACAGAUCUUGUCGGAGCAGGAAGGAAUGAAGUCCGAGAACGUCAGGUGGAACAAGAUUGCAGACAUGUUACGGAUACCUAAGACGAUUCAAGGAAGAGUUACCAAAUUGUAUAAGAUCUACUGUGAAUACUUGGUGUCGUAUCACAUGUUAACAUCAGAUGAAAAACAGAGGCUUGAUCAUGCUUUAGAAAAGGAGCGAACCAAGUCCCAUAAAUUAGGUAUUUUCAAUUCAGUGGAAGAGGAAAACUGCAUUAAAGGGAGGUGCAUAAGUUUACUGCAAUUCUGCAAGUCUGCACAUAACACACAGCAAAUGUACUUCAAACGGGAGCCUACACCUACUGAAGUAGAGAAAGAAUAUUGGCGAGCGAUACAUGAAGGCAGUCAGCAUAUAUCUGUGAAGAAAGCUGUUCUGGCAACAACCAUGUCAGGCAGACAUAGUUGGAAUCUGACAAACAUCAGUACAAAUCAACUAAACCUACUUCACUGCCUUGGUAACAAACAUCCCAUCAACAUUCCAGUAAUGAAAAUUAACAUGUUAUUCAGCACAGAGACCUGGCAUUGCAGCCAGCAUGCACUGGCUACUAUUGAUUAUCUCCACACUGGAGCACCUAAGAUUUGGUACUGUGUACCAGCUAGUCACUUUGAGCAGGCUAAUGCUGUCUUGAAGCAGGAGUUUCCACAGCAAAGUGCUAAUAUCCUUCACCCUUUGAACAAUGCAAACUUCAAAUGUAUGGUACCGAUGAGUGCAUUCCUGAAGGCUGGCAUUCCGGUGUACCGACUGGUCCAGGAAGCAGGACAGUUUGUGGUCACAUGGCCUGGAAUGACUAUCGCUACCGUAUCAUGCGGCUACAAUGUAGCAGAAGUAGUGAACUUUGCUACAGCUAGCUGGCUAGGCCAAGGGCAAGCUGCAUUCAAAAUUUUUCAGGACCUGAAAGAAACAUGCCAGUUCUCAUUUGAGCAUCUUCUCACGCUCUUAGCAGGUAAACCUGCUCUUCAUGGGAACACAUACUUGAUGGAUCAGGUGCUGGCUUUUCUAAAAGACAUCAGGGAUCGAGAACUUAUUUUGCGGCAGAAACUGGCCGACCGUGGCAUGAAGACCAGUAUACGAUUUGUUGAUCCGGCAAGCCCAGCUAGGAUACGAGAUAAACGAAGCAAACCGAUAUCGGAGACAGGCGAAGAGCAUGUAUGUUGGAUAUGCAAAUGUUCCUGCUUCCUGUCAAUGGUUGUUCAAGAGAAGGAGGGGCGUGUCUUCUGUCUACACCACGGCCUAGAAGCUGCACAGAAAACCAAAGUCUGCCGAACAUUAAAACUCAUGUAUAGGUACAGUGAGGAUGAGUUACACAACAUGAUAACUGAUCUAGAAGAUUCUAUGAAGCAAGCUUAUGGGAAAAACUCAUCUCCAAAAAGAAGAAAAAAGAAGGAAGAAAAAACCUAAUAAGCAUAUCAUUAAAAAACAUUUCUGUCACACCAGAUUUGUUGUAUUUAACUUUUGAAUUAUUUAUUGCUUCUUAGGGGUCAAAGAAUCUUGAAAUUGUUGAUACCUGUAUAUGUGAAGGUAUAUGAGUAGGGGUGUGUAAGGGUGAAAUGUGUGAUAACGAUGUAGAAACAUGUAAGGGUGCAAGUAUGUGGAUUUUGAAGCGUGUGAGACUUGAAGCGUGCGAGACUUGGAGCGUGCGAGGAUGGAAGCGUGUGAGACUGGAAGCGUACGAGACUUCUUGGAGCGUGUGAGGUUGGAUGCGUGCUUUUUGUUUUGCAAGUUAAUUUUAGAGAAUUUAUAGUAUCUGUUUUUUUAAUCACUUUAGACAAAUCUGGCAAACUUUACACAUGUUGGUAUUUUGUAAUAUUUGUCACUCGCAUGUGUGCGUGUUGUGUGUGCGUGUUGUGUGUGCAAGUUUCACGCGCAUGUUUCUGCAUUUUCCUCUAACAUGCGCCAUAUCACUCAGGAUAUCAUUAGGGCAAAAAAAACUGCGUUUUAAUCUAGAUGACAGAGGCAUGUAUUCACAUUCCGGAGGGCUGUUGGAAGUGCCAGACAUCUUAAACUAUUCACCUCACUGAGGCCUGUUGACAGUGUUCAGGCCACAAAUCGGAUAUUUUCUUCAUCUGCUAAUGGAAAAUGAGGUUUUUAGAUCCAUAGGUUAUAUUACUGGGUAAUUAGUUUGUAAAGAGUUCCUCUUGUUUAAAGAGGAAUAAUUUUAAUUUCUUAAUAGAAAAAUAAAACUUAAUUUGUUUCUCCUUAAAUAUUGAUAUACUUUUAUUUAGUUGUGGAAAGUGUUUUAAUGCAAAGAUAUGAUUUUUACUCUUUUUUUUCUUCUAUACAGUACUGUAAAGGUGUUUGUAAAAUGCACAUAUAAAAUAGUUGAGGGUGUUGGGAGGAAAAUUAAAAAGUAUAACUUUAUCAUUGUUGAUGAGGAUAUUCCAGUUGGUGUAGGAGUGGGUUUUUUAUUGUAUAGAAAGUGUCUUGUGCCUGGUUGGUGUCUGUACAGAAAAACAAUAAUUAAAAUAAUAAUUAAACUUGCAUCAUGAAUAAGAAUAUAGUUUUUUAGAUAAAAACCACUGGCUGUUCAACUCAACGUUUCGGUAAGAUUGCUCUGACCGUCGUCAGAAGAUCGUCCAGUCAGUCUCACCGAAACUUCAAGACAAUCAGCCAGUGUUUUUUUUUAAACAUAUUCUUGCACAUAUUGUACCAAAAGUUAAAUUAUUUUUAUUAUUCAUACUCAACAUGCAAGCCUUCAAGAAAUCGAUAAUUGCUGUAGAUACAGUAAAUUAUAAGGUUGGGUCUUUGUACAGAAAGUCUCUUGUGACUGAUUAUUGUUUGUACAGCAAGAUAAUUGUUGCUGUGAGUACAAUAUAUUGUAUAGGUUCAGGUCUUUGUACAGAAAGUGUCUUGUGACUGGUUAGUGGUUCUAUAACAAGAUGAUAAUUGUGAUUAGAUAGAAUUUUUGAAUAGAUAUCUUGAAUUUGAUUGGUUAUAAAAUUAUUGUUGGAUAACAAUUUUCACCAUAUGAAGGUUUAUAAUUAUUUAUGUGAAUGGUAGAGUACAAUUGCAUUCUUUUUUUUUUUGUCUAUGUGUUUAAAAUAUUAAUAUAAGAAUUUAAGAUUUUUUUUAAUGUCCAAUACAUUGUUAAAUAAAUUUACUACUGAAAUCUUAAGUCAAAAACAGAUACAAAAACAUGUGGUUAUGUUACGUAUUGAGUUCAAAGGUUAAAUUAGAAUUUGUGUUUCUAGACUCCUUGCAGGCGCCGAUACUUAAAAUUGGCUGCUAAAAAUUUGCUGCAUGAUAAUUUUUGUAUAACAGAGUCACUGGGUGAUUCUUAAUUCAGUGUGUGCAAAACAAGCUUUAAAAAGACAAUGGUAACAAUAAAAAGACAGCAACAAGUAAUACGCAAUAAUGACGAUAUUAAUAAAAAGUUAUCUUCUGCGUAGCUAAGCUCUCUUUAGAUCAAGAGUUGUGCGUCUUUGUACAUCAGCUGCAUACUGUAUUGUUUCUGUUUUUCUACUGCGAUGACAAUUCCAGAAACUUUGGUUACAUUUAUUAUUCCACAUUGAAUGCUUGCAAAACAUCAGUAACAAAUCAGGUAUAAAAAUAUAUUUCUAGAAAAGAAUUGAGUUUUCCAAACAGAACUCAAGUCUAUCAAAGUAGAUUGGGUAUUGUGAGUCUACAUGAAAUGAAGCAGUCAUGAUUAAAGUCUAUUAAAGAGUUGUAUGUAUAGAAUACCUAUUGUGUACUGUUAUCCAAAUGGCUGUGCAGACAUGGGCAGCGUUUAGGGCCAAAAUGUGUAUGCUUAUCCAAUGACAGAUUACGUGAGAGGGGCACACACUCCGUUGGCCAACUAAUCCAUCUGAUUGCCAGUGGCAGUCUGGUUCCUCUCCACUGCCCCCACCCCCUAUUAUUACUGAAAAUCAUAAUUUUGGUACAAUUCCUUUGUCUUACUAAUCACUGCCCAUGUCUGCAUCACAUACACUAUAUCUACUGGGUAGAUUAUAACUCAUGAAUCAUACAAGAACCUGGUUGUCCGCGAGCCUACAGUGACAUAGUGUUAGGUACGAUUCCAGUACUAUCUACCAUAUGCUGCUUACAUGGCUAUUGCAUGCACAAUACAAUAGUCCAUUAUCACAUCCAGUGAGCCUAGAAAUAAUUCUUUUUAAGUAAAUUUUCAUAUGAAGUGUUAAUUACAUGGUGUUCGUGUUACUAUGUAACAAACAAUUUUCGACACGUUUUUACUCGUGUUUGUCGUUCUGUACAUGGGAGAGAGAGAGAAUUCAUGUUUUAUUUGUGGAUCCCAAGGUGGACAGAAAAUGUUGUAAAAUACAGGUUUAAAGCUCAAGUUUUAUGUGGCAAAUAUCUGUGAAGGGUGUGAUAUGACAUAUAAUCUCAUAGACACAAAUACAUAAAACUUGAUAGUGCACAGGAUUAUAGUUUUGAUGACUUAUAUAAAUAGUUAGUUCUCAGUUGUACACUAGAUUCCAAUACAAGUAUUAUCACAAAGACCUCAGUGUAUUCCAUGAUACUAGGUCAGUAGUUCUACCAGGUAUCAAAUGGUUAUUUUUAUGCACAUGUAGUUUGAAUAUUUUAGUUGAAAUUGACAAUUAUACCAAAUUUACUUAUCUUUUAUAAGUAAAAGCAUGUAGAAAUAUUACAGAAAUAACAUUGAUGCAUUAGCAAUCUACAGUUGCAGUGCAAUAAAAUUAGUGUUGCUAUGGUAUGAUAUUUAGAUGAAAAUAUCCAAACAGAAGCUGCUAUACAUAGGAGAGUGAGUGUUGCUAAGGUGAUGUAUUGGUGCCUGAUAUAUGAUCAAAUACAAAACUGCAAUUGUGAGUGUUUCUAUGGUGAUCUAUGGAUGAACUGGCAAAUCAACCAAUCUGAGGCUGCAAUUUUGACACAUUGUCUAUCUAUGGUAACCUAUUGAUGAUUUAGCCAAUUAAAAGCUGCAAUUUUGUGCGAGUGUAGUAGGAAUACAACUUAAGUGCAGGAACUAUUCAAACUUAAGAAGACUGUCAUAAAUUCACUUACUAUCAAUUGAAUUCCUUUUUAUGUAUGUAUGGAUCAAAUUUGCCAAUUUACAUUAGUUGGUGACAUCACUUCGACCUUUUAACUCAUGACCUGUCUCUUAGUUAUUGACAUCAAUUUGACCUCACAACUCAUGACCUGUCUCAAAUGCUGCAUGCUAGCAUAGAAAGAAAAAUUCAAGUUAGUUUAUUGUAUUACAGUAGUUUUCAUUUCGAAAAAAAAAAGUUAUUUGAUUAAAUUUUGGUAUUUAUUUUUUAGAUUAUUAUUAUUGUUUCUGUGUUUGUAUACUCAGUGAAGAUUGUAAUUUUUAGGAGUGGUUUUGUACAAAAUUAUGCAAAUCUAAAGAUUUUGAUUAAAAAUGUCAACAUUUGGCAUUAAAUUGAUUAUAA